AAUCAUCAAAUAAAAAUUACUAUUUUUUCCUUUAAAUAUAACUUAUUCGCACAUCUGCUACUACAGAAAAGAACAUGCCAAGGUGCUUUCGUGUCUGGAAAUUAUUACAUCUUUUAAUCCCACGCUUUCUUUUCCCAUCCAUCAUAUAUGGUUUAUUUUUAAGAACAUCUUGUAGCUUUGCAUAUUUGACUUAAAAAAAAAAAAAAAAAUUCUUUCGUCUUUGUUAUCUCACUCGAUUAGCAUAACUUCUUGUUCUCUCUCGAGUUUUUCGCUUGGAAGAUAGUGAUGAAGAAAUAAAGGCAAAUCAUCCCAAUCGAUAUACAAAGGGCUGAAGCUUCAAAAUACUUUUGAGUAUUUAAAAAGGCGAAGAAAAUGUGAGGAAGAGAUGCAACUGGAAGAAGGGGGAAAAUGUAGAAACAACAAUGGAGUUAGCUGCUGAACAAUAAGAAUUGCCUCAUUACUGUUAGCAAUUUGUUUUGGUCUCAAGGUGAGGAUAGUUCACUCGCAUCUUGUCUUCUAGCUCCCAGGUAUGCCCAGCUUCAGCGUUGCGUCCCCACGCUACCUUGACCAAUGGAGUUAGCUGCUGAACAAUAAGAAUUGCCUCAUUACUGUUAGCAAUUUGUUUUGGUCUCAAGGAUGAAGAUAUAUUUCUAGAGAAUCGAAAAGAAUGGGGAACGUUGUGGAAGCGAGUUUUCGACAAAUUGAUUACAUUAUCAAUUACGAAGCCCAUGUUCAGGAACUAAACCAGCUGGUUGAGAAUUUUGAAAACAAUGAGCAAACGGUGAAGCGCCUCGUUCGUGUUGCAAAAAAUAAUGCAGAAGAUAUUUUACCUGCUGUUGAGCACCGGCUUGACAGGGUGAAAGCAAAGAUACAAGAAAAUGAAGUGUUUCGUGAUUCUAAAACCUUCUUCUCCAAGACAAGGUGGGAGGGUCUUCUCCCUUUCUUCUGGUACCGGCGUCAACUAGGCAGGGGAGCAAAGAUAUUGGCACUAGAAAUCCAGUCACUGAUUUCAGAGUAUGGCACAUCUACAAACAUUUCUAUUGGAAGAGCUCCAAGCUUUAGCGAAAGCAAUCUAUCUCACGUCGGCUAUAUCCAAUUCAAAUCAAGAAAUGAUAUAGUCCGGGAGAUCAUAAAGCAAUUAAAAGAUCCCACGGUGAGAAUGGUUGGUCUGCACGGGCCUAGCGGUGUGGGCAAGACUUCUCUCGUCAAACAAAUUGGCCAGCAAGCUGAGUUCGAAAGGGUGGCGAUGGCAAUCGUUAAAAAAGAUCCGGACUAUCAGAAGGUUCAGCAAGACAUAGCCCAUUGUUUAGGCUUGACUUUUGAAAAUAAUGAAGGUGAGAAUGGACGAACAACUCGUUUGAGAAAGGUGUUGAAGAAGGAGAAUGCCCUCGUGAUCCUGGAUGACCUCUGGGAUGAACUGGAUUUGAAUAAGAUAGGGAUUCCACUUGAUGAUGACGAUGUUGCAAGCCACGUGAAUGUCAAAGAUAACAGUCGCAAACAGGGGGAAAAUGAAGAUUCUCCUGGUGGCACCAUCAAGGGAUGCAAAGUUUUGGUUACUUCAAGACACCAAGAAGUGUUGCGCCAUAAAAUGAAUGUUAAAGAAAAAUUAACCUUCCGUGUCCAGGAGUUAGACGUUGCAGAAACUCUAAAAUUGUUCAAGAAGGUGGUUGGAAUGUCUAUUGAGAAUCCCAAGUUCAAGCCAGAAACUCUUAAGAAGUAUUGUGCAGGGUUACCCAUGGCAGUAAUUAUAGUCGGAAAGUCCUUAAUGUGUAAAAACAAGUCAGAGUGGGAAGGCGAACUAGAAAGACUCAAAAAGAAUGAAGUGCAGAAGUUCAUGGAGAAUCAUGUGAAGAUGCGUUACGAUAGUAUCGAAAGUGAGGAGCUCAAGUCAACUUUCCUAAUGUGUGCUCAGAUGGGUCAUCAAUCAAUAAUUACUGACUUGGUGAAGUACUGCUAUGGUUUGGGCAUACUUAAAGAUGUCUAUACACUGAAGGAUGCCCGCACGAGCAUAACCGAGUCAAUCCAGAAGCUGAGAGAUUUUGGCUUGUUGGAUGGUCAUUCCAACGACAAUUUUAGUAUGCAUGAUAUAAUUCGAGAUACUGCCCUAUCAAUAGCGUGCAAGAACGAAAAUGUAUUUAUCCUGAGAAAUAAAAUACUGGACAUCUGGCCUCACAAGGAACAACUUGAGAGGUGCACUGCAAUUUAUCUACACAAGUGCCAUAUUGUGGAUGGGCUCCCAGAAGUUGUUAAUUGUCCUCGGCUUACAUUUAUCCAUAUUGACAGUGAUGAUUCAACCUUGAAAAUACCCGACGAUUUUUUGAAGGAAUGGAAGAACUCAGAAAUGCUUUGCUUGGAGAAAUGCACUCUUGGUGACUUGUCAAUUUUAAAUCAUUUGAGAAAGUUAAGAAUUCUUAGCCUUUCAGGAUCUAGAAUUGAAGAUUGGCCGACAAUGUUGGAGGGCAUAAGCAAGUUGCAGUUGCUAGACAUUAGUGAUUGCAUAAUGAGCAACUUGACUCAUCCUCUAUCUUUAUCAAGCUUCACUAGUUUGGAGGAAUUGUAUAUAAGAAGCAGCUUGCCUAAAAUGGAGGUGGAAGGACAGACAAAUCAGUGUCAAAUUUCAAUUCUUUCUGAGCUGAAACAUUUGCAUCAAUUGAAUACUAUAGAUGUUUGUAUCCCUAGUGCUGAAUUUUUGCCACCAGACUUGUUCUUUCACGAGUUAAAUGAUUACAAGAUUGUGAUUGGAGACUUUAAGACAAUUUCAAUCGGGGAUUUCAAGAUGCCCAAUAAAUAUGAAGCUUCAAGGUCUUUGGCACUGCAGCUAGAAUCUGGCCUGGAUAUUCACUCCCUUAAAGGAGUCAAAUUGCUAUUCAAAGGAGUGGAGAAUUUGCUAUUGGGAGAGCUGCAUGGAGUUGAAAAUGUAUUUUAUGAGCUGAAUCUAAAUGGAUUUCCAGUUCUGAAACAUUUUUCAAUCGUAAAUAACAAAGACAUUGAAUUUAUUGUGAAAAACUCAAUAGAGCUGCUGUCACUACCUCAGGAUGCUUUUUCCAAUUUAGAGUUUCUCGGCCUCUUUAACCUAAAGAACAUCAAGGAGAUCAUAUGUUGCAGUCCUACUACGAAUUCUUCAUUCUCUAGACUAAAGACAGUCAAAGUGAAUAUGUGCCCUCAAUUGAAAAACAUAUUCUUCUUUACCAUUGUUAAAUUUCUUACUAGUCUAGAAACAAUUGAUAUCUCUGAAUGUGAUUCUUUACAAGCAGUUAUUGGUGAGGAAGAUGAAAAAUCCAACAAGGUUGUACUUCAUAAGUUAUGUUCCUUGACACUACAAAAUUUACCAUCAUUUGUGAGCUUUUACAACAAAGCCAACAUGCCCUUGGUAUCUCAAUUUAUGGAAAAGCAAGCAAGAAUUGAUGACCCAGGAAUUGUCCUGGCAGAGGAUGAGAAUGAGCAAAGUGCCACAACUUCCUUUUCUCUCUUUCAUGAAAACGUUGAAAUUCCAAACUUUGGGAGCUUGAAGUUGUUCUCAAUCAAGAUUCACAGGAUAUGGAGUGAUCAACUUUCAAAUGAUUGGUUUCAGAACUUGAUAAAAUUAACUCUGGCAGACUGUUGUAACUUGACAUAUUUAUGCUCAUUGUCUGUGGCUCGCAAUCUCAAUGAACUGAAAAGCAUCUCCAUAAGUAAGUGUUCACUAAUGGAGAAGUUAUUCAUCAUCGAAGGAAAUAACAAUGAGCAUUCAAAGGUUGGUAUCUUUCCUAAGUUGGAGGAAAUCCAGCUGAGCCAAAUGGAGAUGUUAAAGGACAUAUGGCCACGUCAAGACGAAGUCAAUGCGGAUUCAUUUCCUAGACUCAUUUCUGUCGGUAUUUCUGAAUGCAAUAAGCUUGACAAGAUUUUCCCUGAUCACACGAAGUGCUGGUACUUGCAUUUGGAAAUUUUAAAGGUUCAUCGGUGUGAGUCGGUGGAAUUCAUUUUCGAAAGUAGAAGUCCUCCGCAACAAAAUGACACAAAAUCUGCAUCUGCAUUAUUGGAGAUUAUUGAUUUGCAUCAUCUCCAAUAUCUGAAGGAAGUGUGGAAUAUAGAUCUAGAAGGAGCUAUUAACUUCCCAAAUUUGCAGACUAUACGGAUUUCUUCAUGUCACCAAUUGAGAAAUGUGUUGCCAGCUUCUAUAACAAAGGAUCUUGGAAAACUAGAAAACUUUUCCAUAAGCUUGUGUCGUAAUUUGGAGGAAAUCAUUGCAUGGGAUGCAGGAUCAGAAACAAGCAAUGAACCACCAUUGAAGUUUCCUGAAGUAAUCUCCUUGUCAUUAAGUGACUUAGCAAGCAUCCAAUGUUUCUAUAAAGGGAGACAUAUUGUAGAGUGUCCAAAAUUGAGGCAACUGAGAAUGGAAGAAUGUCCAAAGCUGAAAAUAUUCACAACAGAAAGUGCCAACGAAGAAGGAAGAGUAUUGUUAUCCACUGAAAAGGUAACGUCCAAGUUGGAGCAUCUGAGUAUUGACUCUAAAGGAGUAGAGUGGUUAAUGAGCAACACAGGCAAGUACCGCUUUACCUCUUUGAAACAACUUUACUUGACGGAUUGGCAGAGUGAUAAUGACGAGACUCUAUACUGCUUCCUCCACACCAUUCCUAAUCUACAAAUCUUUGAAUUGGGUGAUGAUUCUAACAUUAGAGAGUUCGUGCCAAGUGGAAACACCGCACCGAAGCAAAGAUUGGGAACCGUAUUGCUACUUAAGGAAUUAACUUUGUGGGCACCAGUGAUGGAGGAUAUUGGAUUUGAAAGAGAUCCUGCUCUUCAGAGAUCACUGCACCGCUUGGUCUUAAAUUUCUGCAAUAAAUUGAGGAGAUUGGCACAUUCUUCGGUGUCCUUCACUCACUUGACAUACUUGCAAGUAUCUUAUUGUGCUGAAUUGAAAACUCUAAUGACAUGCUCAACAGCAAAGAGCUUGGUUCAACUCACCACCUUGAAGGUAUACAGUUGUAAUAAAUUAAAUGAAAUAGUUACCAAGGAUGAGCAAGAAAAUGAGGAGGGGAUUAAAAUUGUCUUUGCCAAGUUGAUAACUAUACAACUUGAAGGACUAAGCAACCUCACAAGUUUCUGUAGCAACUCGAAUUGUGAGUUUUCGGUGCCAUUGUUGGAAAAAUUGACUCUCACAGAAUGUCCCAAGAUGAAAACGUUCACCGCAAAGCACACAACAGCGCCCAAGCUACAAAGUGUACUUGCCCGUGAAACAUAUGAUGAGGAAGAAAAAGGGUAUUGGAAAGGAAACCUGAAUGCCACCAUUCAAAUGCUGUUUGCAGAUAAGGUUUUGCUAUUGGGCCGCAAAGAAAAGAAAAAAAUUGCAAGUCCAUUUGUGUUAAAGAAAAACACAUUCAGCCUUGGGUCAAGUUGAAUUAAUUAUUGUGGCUGAAGCAAGGUUUUGUUAAUUGGGCCAAUAUAUUAUUGAAACUAGCCCAUUUUAAAUCUUUGCUUCCAAGACCAAAGCUUGGUCCGAAACCAAGUAUGAGAGAAAGCAAAUGUUUUGCUUCAUGCUUCCAACGGAUCUCCUUUUUAUCAUGUGAUAGAAUUCAAAUUUUAUCAAGUAAAGUUAAUGCAGACCUUGGAACAAUGAGAGAGAAAUUUUAAUUGAUUAGAUUGAUGGCCUUAAUGAGGCACGCUACUCAGCAAAAGGGAAGCAAAAUUAAUUCAGCUUUAA